AGUGAAGACCAGCGUCCGAUAGAUCUACAAAAUGUCAGCUUCAAGUGCCCUGAUAGCUCUGGUUGUAUUCUGCUUGUUGACUUCAACAGAAGGACAUUUAAUUCAACGUCGCCAGGUAAACCAAACUGAAACGUCUCCUCAGCAAUGUGCUGUAUCUGACCGGCUGCUGGACAUGUUGCAGAAUGUUGUUCAGACACAGCAGCAGGAACUGAAGACACUAGAUAACAAAUAUGACGACUUACUGGUUACUUUGGAAAGCAAAUAUGACGACUUGCUGGUUAAAUAUACCACAUUAGUUGAAACAACGGCUGAGUUGCAAAUUAAUGUGGCCAAAUGUACUUCCGAAAAGCAAGGAGCUGACGGCAAGGACUGUGCUGAACUCUACAAGAACGGGUUAAAACUAAGCGGAGUGUACACCAUUACCCCCUCUAACGGCCAAAGUCCUUUCGAUGUCUACUGUGACAUGACCACUGACGGGGGAGGAUGGACGGUGUUCCAGAAGCGUAUGGAUGGCUCAGUAGACUUCUACCGUGGCUGGGAGGAUUACAAACACGGCUUUGGUAACUUGAACGGGGAAUACUGGUUAGGAAACGACCAAAUAAACCUCCUAACUCACCAGGGGCACUAUGAACUCCGUGUUGACCUAGAAGAUGCCACAGGGGUGAAAGUUUAUGCUCGCUAUGAUAACUUUGCUGUCUCUUCAGAACGGACUAAUUAUCAGUUAACACUUGGAGCAUAUUCUGGGGACGCAGGUGAUUCCUUAGCCUACCAUAAUGGUGCGUCGUUCUCCACAAAGGACAGAGAUAACGAUACAUAUGAAAAGAAUUGUGCACAGAAAUUCAAGGGAGCCUGGUGGUACAAGGCUUGCCACAAUUCCAACCUUAACGGCCUGUACCACCUGGGUGAUCACAGCUCGAACGCUGAUGGCGUCAACUGGGAGACAUUUAAAGGGGACCACCACUCCCUGAAGUCAACUGAGAUGAAAGUUCGUCCUGUCGGCUUUAAAUCUACAAAUAUCGUCAUCGGUCGCCAGGUAAACCAAACUGAAACGUCUCCUCAGCAAUGUGCUGUAACUGACCGGCUGCUGGACAUGCUGCAGAAUGUUGUUCGGACACAGCAGCAGGAACUAAAGACACUAGAGAACAAAUAUGACGACUUACUGGUUAAUUUGGAAAGCAAAUAUGACGACUUGCUGGUUAAAUAUACUACAUUAGUUGAAACAACAGCUGAGAUGCAAAAAAAUGUGGCAAAAUUUACUUCCGAAGGGCAAGGAGCUGACGGCAAGGACUGUGCUGAACUCUACAAGAACGGGUUAAAACUAAGCGGAGUGUACACCAUUACCCCCUCUAACGGCCAAAGUCCUUUCGAUGUCUACUGUGACAUGACCACUGACGGGGGAGGAUGGACGGUGUUCCAGAAGCGUAUGGACGGCUCAGUAGACUUCUACCGUGGCUGGCAGGAUUAUAAACACGGCUUUGGUAACUUGAACGGGGAAUACUGGUUAGGAAACGACCAAAUAAACCUCCUAACUCACCAGGGGCACUAUGAACUCCGUGUUGACCUAGAAGACGCCACAGGGGUGAAAGUUUAUGCUCGCUAUGAUAACUUUGCUGUCUCUUCAGAACGGACUAAUUAUCAGUUAACACUUGGAGCAUAUUCUGGGGACGCAGGUUUGUUUAUAAGUUAA